AUGGAGUGUGGCAGUAUCGAAACGCCUCAAGUCUUGCCCGAAUUUGAGCUGACAGAAGGGGUCAAGCUGUUGGAUCCCACGCGACUGGUGGAUUCCACGACUGGCUGGCAUGAUCACGGUGCUGGUGACUUCAGCGAUAACCACCACUAUGCCAACCCUCAAUGUGGCAGCCCCUUCUACUCCAUCGAUUCAAGCCCGUACGAUGACACCAGGAUCGGCCUCCAAGGUGAAUUCGGUGGUCUCGGAAACAAUGUUUCUAUUGAACAUCUCUGGAAGGUCCAGAAUGCCAUCAAUACCAUCAACCAGACCUAUGAGCUUGAUCAAACUAUCGACAUUUGGAACUACCGCAGCCACAUCAUGCUGGCUGAACUGCGGGACCAGGUGAAGCGGUUCUCAUGCAGUGGGGGUAUCUGGACCCAGACUACUGAUGUCGAGGGCGAAGUCAACGGGCUGAUGACCUACGACCGCCGCUUGGCUCGAGUCGAUGAGGCGCAGUGGAAGGCCGAUAUCCAAGGUCUGUAUGACGCUGCCGCCGCACGCAGCAACGCGACCGUGUCGAGUCCGUAA